AUGGGCAACACCACCGCCCACAUCAAGUACGCUGGCUGCGUGCAUCGCAACGAGGCAACUCCUGCGAUGCGCAAUGCUGAGGAUGAGGAGGACGCCCGCUCGCGCUGCACUUGUCGCGGCCAAUGGAGACGGGACGGGUGGUCCGCAUAUACGCUCAUCGACGCAUUCAACGCUACUUCAACUCGCGAGUGGAGAAGGUUGGAUUUGGAGCAAGACUGCGAGCGGUUCCUAGUGGCUUUCAUCACCGAUUUGCUCCAGGAGCAGAUCACUCUGCAGUUCAAGAGCUUUUUCUUGCAACGGGAGUUCAUAGCGGAGGUUGGCAACAACCGCAGGAGCGUCGAGCAGAUGUAG